AGCGUAGCAAUUUGGAUAGAAGGACUAGCAUUCUAAAAUUUUCCAUUUUCUUAGUAAAUUAUUUUCAUAUCCAAGUGAACUCCUUUUAUCAUUCAUAAAUUAACAAUUUUAUUCCUUGUAAUUACGAAAUUAUCCUUCAAUUCUUUCUAUUUUCUCCCAUUUUAAUACCCACCUCACCUGACCAACAAAGUCGAAGCCAACUGCAAAUCGCGCGAACUUGUGGAAGGGUACAUUAGUAAUUGUAUCCUCCUCGUCGGAAAAAUGUCUUCCGACACCGGAGUUCCAUUACUUCCGACGAACAUUAAGAUCGAGAAAGAAGUUUCUAAUGAAGCGUCAAUUUCUGGAGCAGUAUUUAAUGUUUCAACUAGCAUUAUUGGCGCUGGAAUUAUGUCGAUUCCAGCUACAUUGAAGGUUCUUGGAGUUGUUCCGGCGCUUAUUUUGAUUGUUAUUGUUGCAUUAUUGGCGGAUUUAUCGGUUAACUUUUUGCUGCGGUAUAGUUACUCCGGUGAGAUGACGUCAUUUUCUGGUGAAACGGUGACGUAUGGUGGUGUUAUGAGAGAAUCAUUUGGUUGGGUUGGGUCUUUACUAGUUCAAGUUUCAGUGGCGGUUUCUAAUUGGGGCUGCUUAAUCGUUUAUUUGAUUAUUUUAGGGGAUGUCUUCUCUGGAAAUGAGCACGGAGAGUCCCUCCAUUUGGGUGUCUUACAAGAGUGGUUUGGUGUUCAUUGGUGGAAUGCUCGGCCUUAUGCCCUCCUUUGCAUUGUCGUCUUAAUUCUUCUCCCCUUGGCUCUUUAUCGACGUGUUGAAUACUUGAGGUUUUCCUCUGCAGUAGCAGUUCUCUUAGCUGUGGUGUUCGUUGUAAUUAGUUUCGUGAUGGCAAUUUAUGCGGUUUUUCAAGGAAGAACUCAGAAACCUAGACUGUUUCCGGACUUGGAUGGUCAAUCUUCAUUCUUCAAUCUCUUUACUGCUGUGCCAGUUAUAGUCACAGCGUUCACAUUUCACUUCAAUGUUCAUCCAAUCAGUUCAGAACUCGGCAAACCAUCAAAAAUGGCAAAAGCAACAAAAAUUUCUCUCAUAUUAUGCAUUAUAAUCUACUUCUCCGUUGGCCUAUUUGGGUACCUUUUGUUCGGGGAAUCCAUUGCACCCGACAUACUAGUAAACUUCGACAGGUCUUCAGAGCGCCCUUGGCUCAACGAUAUGGUACGAUUGAGCUAUGCUCUUCACCUGGUGCUAGUCUACCCUUUGCUUAACUUCUCUUUAAGGGGAAAUAUUGAUGAACUUUUGUUCCAUAAGAAACCUAGUUUGGCCAAUGACAAUUUCAGAUUUGUUACUCUCACUUUAAUCUUGCUAGCCUUAAGCUACUUAGCUGCCAUUGCUAUUCCGGAUAUUUGGGUUUUCUUUCAGUAUGUUGGAUCAACUACCAUUAUCUCUAUUGCAUUCAUUUUCCCUGCCGCGAUAAUUUUGAGAGAUGUUCGUGGUAUAUCUUCAACAAAGGACAAAGUCAUCGCUGUGAUAAUGUUGUUUUUGGCAGUAGUUACAAGCACAAUCUCCAUUGCAACCAACAUUUUCAAUGGAAUCGAGUAAAGCAAAGAGCGGAUGAUGUGUGCUUAUCCUUUUGUUGAUCCGGGCCAACAAAUUCCCUGAAGUAUGAGUAUACAACGAGUCAUUAACUUAUAUGAUAGAAUUGUGCACCUCUACAAUUCUAUGGAUUACUCCAAUAUCUGUACAAUAUACCACAGAAUUCCACAAGUGUAUGCGACAAGAAAGUUUUGUUAAUGUCUUAGAUUAGUAUUAGUUACCUAUCAAUGAGAAGUGUAAAAGCUAUUGGCCAUAGUUUUGUGGCUAGAUUGUAGUGUAUGAAUUUUCGUGUAUUUUAGUGUAAUACUGUAAUAUGUUUGUAAUAGUAUGUGCA